AUGUCUGAUUCAAAUACAGAUGGAGAGGCCUUGAGCCAGCUUCAAGUCGAACAAGGCUGGCUUCUCGAUAAGAUUGAUGAGUUACGCAAUAUUGGUAUCAGCGGUCUUGUUGACCUGCCACAGCUGAUCGUUUGUGGUAACCAAUCUAGUGGAAAGAGUUCUGUUCUUGAAGCUAUAUCCCGUGUACGCUUUCCAGUCAAAAGCAACAUCUGUACCCGAUUCGCCACCGAGGUCAGCCUGCGACGCCAUCCAGUAACUCGAUUCAAGGUUUCCAUUGAGCCUGGACCUUCGCGAAAGAGUGAGGUUGACCGACAAAAAGUUCGAGAGUUCGCUCCAGAGGCUUUUACCAACAUCGACCAAUUGCCAGCGUUGAUCGAGCAAGCCAAAGACUGCAUGGGUAUUCAGAGCGAGAAAGGGGUCAGCGACGACGUUCUCAAGAUUGAGAUAUCUGGUCCCGAUAAACCGGAGCUCACGCUUGUGGAUCUCCCUGGCCUUUAUUACUCCAAAAGUGCCGACCAAGGAGCGGAAGGGAUUGCUAUCGCACGUGCGCUCACAGAACAGUACAUGAAAAGCCCCCGCAGUAUUAUCUUGGCCACCGUGUCAGCCAAGGCUGACUAUCACCUUCAAGAGGUUCUCGAUAUUGCGGCCAAAUUUGACCCUUCCCGCGACAGAACUGUCGGCAUCAUCACGCAUCCUGAUAAGCUGGAAGAACAUUCCGAGGAGGAAGAUGUCUGGCUCCAGAUUGCGAAAAAUGAAAAAAUAAGGCUGCGACUCGGAUGGCAUACGUUGCUGAACCGAACUUUUACAACUCAAGAGGCCUCCAAUGAAGAUAGAGACAAAAAUGAAAAGAAAUUCUUCAACCAAGGACGAUGGAGCACAGUGGCAAGAGACUGUGUUGGAAUUGAUAGCUUGAGGCGUCGACUCAGCGGCAUUCUGUUAAAACAUAUCCGUCAUAGCCUGCCAGAACUGAUCGAAGACAUUGAAAAAAAGUUGCUCGACCGACAGACAAGGCUCUCAAAGAUGGGUGCUCCUCGAUCAACCCUUCAACAGCAGAAGGGAUAUCUGCUUGCCCUGAGCAGCAACUUCGAGCGUAUCACCAAUCAGGCUCUGAAUGGAAUGUAUACGGAUGAAUUCUUUGGCGAGCUCAACAACUUCAAUUUUUCCGCUAAUCAGGAGACUCGCCGUCUUCGUGCUACCAUUCGUCAAAUGAAUGAAUAUUUUGCGGAAGCCAUGGAGUUAAACGGUUGCAAGAUAAGUAUUCUCGGGGUCAAUGAAGGCAACAUCUCUCUCUUCUCGUCCAAUCCUUACGCCCAAAUCAGAAUACCGCCGAAAAAAACCCGUCAAGACGUUGAGAAAGAGGUAGAUCGGCAAGCUCGUCAAAAUCGGGGAAUUGAACUACCAGGAAGUGCCAAUCAGCUUUUGGUGGGCAGUCUUUUUCGAGAUCAAUCGCGGCCUUGGGAAGAAAUUGCGCGAUUUCACAUGGUGAAGACGUGGGAGGCAGUGGAUAAGUUUGUCAAUUUGGUCUUGCAACACCUCACCGACGAACAUACGUACCAGCAAUUGAUGGGCGCUAUACUUGCCCCGGAACUUCAAAGAAUGAAAGAAGGCCUGCUUUCAAAGCUUGAUGAAUUGACAGCCUACAAUAAACGAGGACAUCCUCUUCCUCUUGGAAAGAGCUUCUUCCGGCGAAUUCACAAGUCCCGAGCUGAUCGACAGGCCAAGGCAUUUGAGAAAGUUCUGGAACAAAAAGUCUCAGCAAAGGAUGGAUCAUAUGCAAUGAAAGAUGUUAGGGCAGCUGUUAGCAACUUGGGCAUAACUGAGGAUCAAUUCGCCGCGGCUGAGAUUAUCGACCAGAUGCAAGCAUACUACGAUACUGCGAUUAUAACAUUCAUUGAUAAUAUUGCGACAUUGGGCAUUGAAAACUGUCUUCUUUGCCCCUUGGGUGGGAUUUUUACAAGCCAGACGAUCAACAACAUGGAAGACAAACAAGUCAAAGACUUGGCUGCGGAAGCACCCUUCAUCACGGAGGAGCGUGACCGUCUGAUCCGAGAACAGGACAAGCUGCAAAACAGUUUGAAUGUUCUCAAUCAUUGCAAGAUACAAAGAAUGCCCACUACUAAACCUUUGCCCGCUCAAUCCGAACUUCCAAAAUGGACCGCCGAAAACCACGGUCAAAAUCCCUUUGCCCACGCCCACGCUUCCAAUUUUACGGGUUGGUCCGGUGGAAAUCUUUUUGGAAACGCAAACAAGACAGAUGGGUCAGCCACGAAUGGAGCAGGAUUUUUCGCAUCACCAGGUAGGGCUACCCCAAACGGGAACUCAAGUUAG